CCCGCACAGCACUCACUGGAAUACGUUUCGCAAUAGAUGUAUCAAAAUUUUCGUGUGAAUUCUAUCUCGAUGCUACAAUAAAUUGAGCUUUCCCCUUUACAACGCAAAAUUCUCAGUGAAAGAUCAACACAAGCAACAAGGCGCCGUGACACCUACAUAUUUUGUUUGGCAAUCAAGCGCUCCUUCAGCAUAUACAAGAAGCAUGUUGUUUAAAGUACCAUCUGUGGACUGGUCGGAGCAAAUCAUUUAUGUGAUAGACGACGACGAGUCCCUAUCGGACUUUGACGAUGAGCCAGAUUUUUCCGAGUAUAUGUGGAUGGAGAACGAAGAGGAGUUCGACAAGAACGAACUUCAAAGACUAGAGGAGGAGGAAAUCAUGCAGGAAUGUAUUGAGGCAAUGAUGGAGGACGAGCUGGAAGAGCAAAUCAACGAAUGGGAGAAGGCAAAAACGGAGGAGCAGAACACGGCACUUUCCGCGCUGCCUAAAAGUCAGUGCAAUGUGGAAAAGUCGGUUUUGAAUCCCAUGGCCGAUGAAUUUGUACCGCGUUGUCACAUAUUGGACCUACCCGCCUCAUAAAGCCAGCCAGCCAGCCCGACCACCACCAGACUCGCAAACCCACACUCCCAUAACACGUGGACCUCACUCGGCAGGCGCUGCAGUAAGCGCUCCAGUCGACACGCAAAAAUCCUAAGAAAAUCUGUAAAUCCUUUGCAAAAAACUCGACCUACCAUUAGUCCAUGCCCCAAGCUACUGCAGCAGCAGCAGUAUUCAGGGGAACUUGGCCAUUACGCAACAGAUACGCAUAGC